GAAACACCAAAGCAAAGGAGAAAAGCUAGCAAAGGGAAGGAGGAAAAAGAGAAACAGAAAGAAAUUAAAGUAGAAGUAAAAGAAGAAAGUGAGUUUCGGGAAGAUGAAGAACCACCAAGGAAAGGCGGGAAUUUGCACCGUCGUGCCAGGCCCCAGGCGCAGAAGAGGGGGAGAGCCAGGCCAGCAGACGUGUGAGUGGAGCUCCCGGCUGGAAUGCACCAGCUCAGCAGGGGAUUGUCCUCCCCGGGCCGGGCAGGCGCCGUGCCCUGAGCUGGGUGCCCCGGCUGCCCGCGCCAUGGCUGCAGCAGACAGCGCCUCAGCCACGCUCCGGCGCCGCGACCUGUGCAGCCGAGGCAUCCGCCUGGCCGGGAAGAUGCGCUCGGACGUCGUUGACCUCCUGGACACCUAUGUGGAGCAGCAGGGCCUGGAUGCAUCGGCCAGCGUGGCGGCGGUGGAGGGGGUGCCGGUGGCAGCGGUGGAGCGCUGGGAUGAGCAGACGGGGACCCAGCGGCUGCUGGAGAACCUGGCGGCGUACCGGGUGUUCCGGGCCCUCCUGGCGCAGAUGCUGGAGGAGCAGCAGGAGCAGCUGGGGGAGGCCGAUGCCACGCUGGGCCGGGCACUGGCGGCCGUCCUGCUCCAGGUCUCGGCCUUCACCUACCACCUCGAGGAGCUGCUGCGGCUGGAGAACCGCGGCCCCCCCGCCGAGGAGGCGGCUGUGCUGCCCGUGCUCCCCCAGCUCAGCCUCUUCGAGAGGAAGCUGCGGGGCCUGGGCGUGCUGCGGGAGCUGGCCCAGUGGGCAGUGAGGUCCGUGCGGGACCUGCGGCAGCUCGCCAAGCCCGGCCCGGGCAGUGGCGCGGGCCCCAGCCCAGCCGAGAGCCCUUGAGGGCAGGCAGGGGGCAGGGGUUGGAUCCCGCAGAGUGGGGGGCUCCUUGCCCACCUCUGCAGAGAGCUGCUGACAGCGGAGGAGGUUGUUCCGGGAGGGGGGUGGACGGGAGGGACCAUGUCACUGAACCCUGGCACCCCCACGCUCUUGGUGCUGUUCCCUGUGGGAAGCUGGGCAUGGGCCGCACUCCGUGCUGGAGGGAGCGAGGAAGCCAAUGUGGGGCGAGCCUCGGGGGGUGCAGAUGUUCCCUGGGAAGCAGCUUUGCCGCUCGCCCCAGGGCCAUGGCCCCCAGGGGGCUG